AUGCCCUCUGGGCCUGUUCCAGCUGUCGGCGCCCCGGAGAUGCCGAAUGGCGAAAUCACCCGGCAUCGCAAACGGAGAUCCACCCAUUCCCCAGGCGGUUCCGAUCAGGUUGGUGUAAUCGACUGCUCCAAUCGCAAAGUCUGGGGAAUGCCCACCACACCACCAAUCACAUUUCCCAACCGCACAGUAAACCCGGCGGACGCAGCUUGGCACAUCCCUGGCAAAACAUUCGCCGCCGAUAUUAACCACGCCGCUGGUUCGACUGGGGUCCUGGAGAAUGGUCUAUGCCUGACCAUACUCGGUUGUCUGCACGCUCUACGCUUGACCCGAGGGAUCCGGUUCCUCGCUGCGAUCCACGCUGCACCCGCGCCAGUGCGAGUUGGAGUGUCAUUGGGCGAAUCGCCUGGCAGUCCCUGUUCUCGUAUUCAUCUCCUCUCGUGGACCCAGGCUUGCGGGGUCCCAUGCUCUCCACUCAUGUUGGAAGAUGACGCCCUUCCGCAAGGUGAGGUGAUCGGGAUCGUGAUUGGGGCCAUUGCACUGUUUUCGAUAAUCAGCGUCCUUCCGAUUUUGCUCGUGUGGCAUCGCAGAAGACGAAAUGCAGCGUCGACCACGCACAUAACCAACAAUAACCUCGCGCUCAACCCGUCAAUGGAGCAAGUCUCCGUCGAACGAUGGCUGGAGGAGCAAAAUGCCACCAGCGACGUUGAACUGUAUGCUCAUGACACGUGUUCCAUUCUCGGCGUCUGGGCAUUCGGGGUUCCGGCCUCCUAA